UCUAAAAUUAACUAUCACAAUUAUUUAUUUCUUUAAUCAAAAGGAACUGACAAAAAAGACACAAAUAGAGUCUUUCCAAGUGAAAAUUGCUGCUUUCUCGUUAGUGCUUUUUUUACAAUCCGAUAAGAAGAGGCUAAUUAAUUUCUUGUUGUAUACAGUAAUUUAACGCAAUGCACUCGUAGUACUCUGGGAUUCUGUCAGGCGGUGAGACCUAUAAAUUAAGUGUUUUCUGAUCGUAAUUGACGGAACAGUUGUUAAACGAGGAAAAACUAAGACAUGCUCGAAUUUAGUGAACACUGCAAAGUAUUAAAAAAUGAUACUCUAGGAAGGUAUGUUACUACCACAAGAAAAAUAUUUCCUGGGGAGGUUUUACUGAGCGAAGGGCCGACAUUGAUUAUGCCAAACUGCAGUGAAAAGAGAUGCACAAAUUGUUUGCGGUUAACUUCAAAAGUUUGUAGAAAAUGUAAAAUUUUCCUUCUUUGUGGAAGUUGCCUUUCGCACCACGAAUUCGAAUGUAAUUUUUUUGAAAAACUGACUUGCAUCCAUCCCAAUGAUAUUGCAGCUAAUAUGAAUUCAUACGGGACCCUUAAGUGUCUCCUCCUUAACGAAAAUCCUAAUACAAAACAUGUUUUUGAACAGUUUUACAGCUUAGAAUCCCACCAAGAAAAAAGAAGAGGGAGCAAAAUUUGGUCAGAGAAUUCAAAAACUGUAGUUAAACCUAUUAUUUCCUCGGGAAUAAUUCCUUUUUUUGGGCAAACAAAAAAUAUCGACGAAGAACUUAUUCAACAUAUUUGUGGAGCGAUUGACGUGAACAGUUUUGAAAUACGUGCUCCUGACAACGGAUCAAUGCGUGCAAUUUACUUAAAAGCUUCACUUCUGGCUCAUCAGUGCGUUGCAAAUACUUGCAUUUCUAUAGAUGACAGUUAUCAAAUGAAGAUCUAUGCCAACUGCGAAAUUGAGAAAGGAGAUAUGUUGACUUAUUGUUAUACGAAUCCAUUGUUGAGCACGGAAGAACGUCGUUAUUCGUUAAUGAUUGGAAAGUAUUUUUUUUGCAAUUGUGCUCGAUGCGUUGAUCCUACAGAACUAGGAUCCCAUAUGAGUAGCCUAGUUUGCAAUGCAUGCCCAGACAAGGGCUUUAUAUUACAUAAAGAAAAAAAUUGGAGUUGUCAAAAAUGUGGUUUUACAAUGACAGCGGAAAAUGUGGAUGGCAUUUUAAGUAGAUCAAAGGAAGAGAUACUCCUGGCAAAAGACGAUAUCCGAAAGUACGAGAAUUUAAUUGAAAAGUUCUAUAAGGUCUUCCAUCCAAACCAUUAUCUAAUAAUUGAUCUUAAGCAGAAUGUGGCGGCCUUAUUGCGGACAUUUCUAAUGAAUCCCAUCUGUAGACCCGGGAAACUUGUGCUUGAAAGAAAAACCACAUUAUGUGAAGACAUUUUGACAGUUCUUCGAAUUAUUCAACCUGGUAUAUCAAGAUUGAAAGCCAUUGCUUUGUAUGAAAUGUUUACCUCUUAUGCAGAGUUGAAUCGAUUAAGAUUUCAUGAGAAUGAGAUCAAUGAAUUUGAAUUAUUGGAAAUUCUCAAACAAGCCGAAACUAUGCUUAGAGAAGCAAUUCGAAUGCUCCUGUAUGAACCAGUUAACACACCAGAAGGGCAACUAACAAAAAGUAUGCUGAAGGAGUUGCGAGACUUGCAAAACGACAUGAAAAUGUUAUUCAAUUGAAAUACAGGAAACAUUUUUUUUUUUGAAAUAUAUAACAAAAAGUAUGCUGAAGGAGUUGCGUGACUUGCAAAACGACAUGAAAAUGUUUUUCAAUUGAUAUACAGAAAAAUUUUUUUUUUAAAACAUAGGUAUACCUAUACCUACGUACUUAUACCUAUUUUUACCGUCACUGAAAACAUCCAUCAACUUAAUCUCUUACUUCUUUCAAAACCCGUCUAGUAUCUUUUCAUAAAUUCCAUAAAGU